GCGCGCUGCUCCGCUCAGUAUCUGGAUCUAUGUUGUAGCCUAGAAAGCGGAUGUGUAUGUUUCACACUACACCAGCCUACAGGGUGCAACUAUUAAAUUAGAUUUUUUUUUUUUUGUCUGAUUUUUCGUCAUUGUCAUUCUCUUCGGGGCUUUUUUUUUUCUCGUCUGUUUGGAUACCGCGGACUUAGGCAUUGGAUAUGUGCACAGAGGAUGAUGAAAACCCCUUUCCUCAUCGUAGAAGUAAAAUAAAAUAGGCUUUCACGCACACUGGAUUUACUCCUGCCAUUCCAUAUGAAGAAGUCAAACAGUUGGAUACAUGUCUGUGUCCAUUUCCUGCUCUUCAUGACGCUUGGGGUACAUUCAGCUACACUUGAUGUUGGAAGAGUGACCAAUGAUAUUGACAAACAUCUUCUUGCUUUGAGAGAAAAUAUUCCAGAAGAUUACAGAAUUCCCUUAACGUACAUCCCCAGAGAAAAGGGUGAGAUGUGUUGGGUAAAAUUAAACGUUUUCUUCUUGGAAAAGAGUUUGGAUGAUUUAUCCCAAAAGUUUGGAAACAUUUCGUCUAAUAAAGACAUCACAAAAUUAAUCAUCAUGUACCUUCAAGAUGAACGGAUCAUCUUCCAACAAAAUGUUAAUUUGGAAUUACUUAUCUCCGACUUUGAGUGCCACUACAGCACAGAGAGGUGGGAAACAGGGACAUACUUUGACUUUCUCCAGGAGCUCUUCAGAGCUGCACCAAAUGAAAACGUUUCAGAGGAAUGUGAUCCUCCUCCCUGUCCCACCAUACCAGUAUCAACAGAGGAAUAUUCAGCAGAGAAUCUCACCAUUAAAGGAGAAGAGCCUUCUAAAACGCACCAAAAAGAAGUUCAUACGGCAAAUCCCAUUCAUGAGGUGGUGGAGAAAAGCCUUUUCUCCUUACUGUUUAUUCCACUGCUGGCCCUAAUCUUCCUGCUUGCAUGGAAGGCCAGAUCAAGAAGGAACGUAGAUGAUCCUCUGCCAAAUCCGGGAGAAGAAGACCGCUUUGCAACAACAGAACCAAGGGCACCUCCACUAGAUAGUGAAACGUCAGAAAUAAAUGUGCUUAACGUCUGUGCAGUGUAGAGUGUAGAGUCCGCGCAUCAGCGCAUUUGGGCUGAACUCUUUAUUUUUCUCCUGUUGGCGUUGAAAGGUGAAAAAAAAAAAACAUGAACUUGCACACCACAGCGAGACUACAGAGGUGAAAGGCAUGUUUUGAAAGCGCUCCAGAUUUACGGUUGCAAACAAUGACUGCGAGUUGUCUGGUUAAGUCAAACCUGACACUGUUUCUGCCUUUUUGUAAGACUACAUUAACCCCAUGAUUCUGAAAAGGACAAAGAUGUUGACGAUAACCUACAACCCGACCACUCCCCACCCCCCCAACAACAUCAAGCCCUAGAUGCUCCUGGCUCUGAACUAUCAUCCAUCAUGACCUGCUGCUUCUUCAACCCUCUGGGGAAAACUUGGCUUAUUUAUCGACUUUAUUUUCCUCCAGCCUGCCAUGUUUGUUUGUUUUUUUUUUUGUUUUUUUUUUUACGCCUGCUUCUCAGUCUUCAGAGAACAAAGACAGUGUGACUGAUGCCGCUACUAUCUUGUUUGAACUGGGGCAUGAAUUACUACCUCUGGUAACGCUUCAUGUUAGCCGCAUCCUCAACAGCUCCCCCACUUUUCCUCCAAGUCCGAGGUCGUCCAAAGAAUAGCAGUGGGGAGGGGGGGGGGGUGCAGGGAGGUGUGCUGUAUUUAUUUAUUGGUGGUGGCGCUCAGUGGCUGCUUUUCCAGAGAGUUAAUUUAAGGGCACCUUUUACUCAUGGGUCACACUUAAAAAAAAAAAAAACAAUCUCUGUACCACCAUAUUGUAAAACUGAACACAUUAUCCUCUUUAGCAAAUUACACUGUCUUUUUCAAUGUAGUUGACACACACACACACACAUCAUUCAUAUAUAUAUAUAUAUAU